UCCAGCAGCAACUUCAGCACCAUCCUCAUCCAAGUAUCAUCGAGCUCGAUCUGGAGGAGCCAGAGAUGAACGCUAUCGGUCUGAUAUCCACACAGAGGCAGUUCAGGCAGCACUGGCAAAGCAUAAAGAACAGAAGAUGGCUCUGCCUAUGCCAACUAAAAGACGUUCCACAUUUGUACAGUCGCCAGCUGAUGCCUGCACCCCCCCAGACACAUCUUCUGCAUCCGAGGAUGAGGGAUCACUAAGGCGCCAGGCUGCUCUUUCUGCUGCAUUGCAUCAGAGCUUACAGAAUGCUGAGUCCUGGAUCAACCGAUCUAUUCAGGGGUCAUCCACAUCUUCAUCAGCAUCCUCUACACUAUCCCAUGGAGAAGGCAAAGGAACCAGUGGGACACUAGCUGAUGUAUUUGCCAAUACUCGAAUAGAGAAUUUUUCCAUUCCCCCUGAUGUCACUGCAACUACCUCCUCAUCCUCUUCCUCAGCACGCCCAGCAACUAUUGAUAUUCCUCCAUCAGGAAUCGUGAAAGGCACGCACAAGGGAUCCAGUCGAUCUAGUCUCAUGGACACUGCUGAUGGUGUCCCUGUAAGUAGCAGAGUCUCCACAAAAAUUCAACAGCUGCUCAACACCCUGAAACGACCAAAAAGGCCACCCCUGAAGGAAUUCUUUGUGGACGAUUUUGAAGAAAUUGUGGAAGUCCCACAGCCUGACCCAAACCAGCCCAAACCAGAGGGACGCCAGAUGACACCUGUUAAGGGGGAGCCACUGGGGGUGGUUUGUAAUUGGCCUCCUGCCUUAGAAGCAGCACUGCAGCGCUGGGGGACCACACAGGCCAAAUGUCCCUGUCUGACCGCACUGGAUGUUACCGGAAAACCCGUCUAUACUCUGACGUAUGGUAAAUUGUGGAGCAGAAGCCUUAAGCUGGCCUACACACUGCUUAAUAAACUGGGGACCAAAAAUGAACCUGUGUUAAAGCCUGGAGACAGGGUAGCCCUUGUUUUCCCCAACAAUGACCCAGUCAUGUUCAUGGUGGCGUUUUACGGCUGUCUGUUAGCGGAAGUGAUCCCAGUGCCUAUAGAGGUACCUCUUACCAGAAAGGAUGCUGGUGGUCAGCAGAUUGGCUUCCUCUUGGGGAGCUGUGGCAUCACUUUGGCUCUCACCACUGAGGUUUGUCUAAAGGGGCUGCCAAAAACCCAGAAUGGGGAGAUUGUGCAGUUUAAAGGUUGGCCCAGACUCAAAUGGGUUGUGACAGACUCAAAGUAUCUCUCCAAGUCACCAAAGGACUGGCAGCCCAACAUCUCAACUGCAGGAACUGAGCCGGCAUAUAUUGAGUACAAGACCAGUAAGGAAGGCAGUGUGAUGGGUGUGACAGUGUCUCGGAUUGCCAUGCUGUCUCAUUGUCAGGCUCUGUCUCAAGCUUGCAACUACUCUGAAGGUGAAACCAUAGUGAAUGUUCUGGAUUUCAAGAAGGAUGCAGGGCUCUGGCAUGGCAUGUUAACGAAUGUAAUGAACAAGCUGCACACCCUCAGCGUGCCCUACUCCGUGAUGAAAACCUGCCCACUCUCCUGGGUGCAGAGAGUUCAUACCCACAAAGCGAAGGUGGCUUUAGUGAAGUGUCGAGACCUGCACUGGGCCAUGAUGGCUCAUCGAGACCAAAGAGAUGUCAGCCUGAGUUCUCUGCGGAUGCUGAUUGUAACUGACGGUGCUAAUCCCUGGUCUGUUUCCUCAUGCGAUGCUUUCCUGAGUUUGUUUCAGAGCCAUGGGCUUAAACCUGAGGCAAUCUGUCCAUGUGCCACAUCUCCAGAAGCAAUGACUGUAGCAAUACGGAGGCCUGGUAUGCCUGGGGCACCCUUGCCCGGAAGAGCCAUCCUGUCCAUGAGUGGGCUAAGUUAUGGUGUUAUUCGUGUGAACACUGAAGACAAAAACUCUGCUCUUACGGUACAGGAUGUUGGCCAUGUGAUGCCAGGAGGAAUGAUGUGCAUCGUGAAACCCGAUGGAUCUCCUCAGCUCUGUAAAACGGAUGAGAUUGGUGAAAUCUGUGUUAGCUCCAGAACAGGAGGGAUGUUGUAUUAUGGGCUGACUGGGGUGACAAAGAACACAUUUGAGGUUAUCCCUGUCAACUCAGCUGGUUCUCCAGUGGGUGACGUGCCAUUCGUCCGCUCAGGCUUGCUGGGGUUUGUUGGACCUGGUAGCUUGGUGUUUGUGGUUGGAAAAAUUGAUGGCUUGCUGACAGUUAGUGGGCGCAGACACAAUGCUGAUGACAUCGUUGCAACCGGAUUAGCAGUUGAAUCAAUAAAGACAGUCUACAGAGGAAGGAUUGCUGUGUUUUCAGUCUCUGUGUUCUACGAUGAGAGGAUUGUGGUGGUGGCAGAGCAGCGGCCAGAUGCUUCUGAAGAGGACAGUUUUCAGUGGAUGAGCCGAGUGCUGCAGGCAAUUGACAGCAUUCACCAAGUGGGCGUGUAUUGUCUUGCUCUGGUACCAGCCAACUCUUUGCCAAAAACUCCUCUUGGAGGGAUCCAUAUCUCUCAAACCAAACAGCACUUUUUGGAGGGCUCGCUGCAUCCGUGUAACAUCCUCAUGUGCCCGCACACAUGUGUGACCAACUUGCCAAAACCCAGGCAGAAACAACCAGGUGUUGGCCCAGCCUCGGUGAUGGUGGGGAACCUGGUUGCUGGGAAGCGCAUUGCUCAGGCUGCUGGGAGGGACCUUGGACAAAUAGAAGACAACGAUUUGGUUAGAAAGCACCAGUUCCUGACGGAGGUGUUGCAAUGGAGAGCUCAAGCAACCCCUGAUCACGUGCUCUUCCUUCUUCUAAAUGCCAAGGGAACUCCUGUGUGCACAGCCACCUGCCUCCAGCUGCACAAGAGAGCAGAGAGAAUUGCAUCAGUUCUGUAUGACAAGGGACAUCUGAAUGCAGGAGACAACGUGGUGCUGCUCUAUCCUCCUGAUGAAAUCUUAGAAGUUCAAGUCUUCUGCCUGUGGACAUCAAAGAUCCCAUUGAUACUCUCAAGUUUUAUUUGAAAAUACUAUAGUGGCCACAUUGGAUCUAAUGGAGAAAGGAGUAUGUCUCUACUCCAAGGGGGACUUCUGGGUCUUGUCUGUUCUGUGUGGACACUAGAGUAUUGAGGCCUCACUCCUGUGGGAAUGUUCUGCAUGCCAUUUGGUGGCUACUCUCCACCCCAGAGGUGGCUGCCUUUCAGUCAUGAUGUAGAAAUGUUUUAUUUACUGUGACUUAGCUGCCAGGAUGGCUUUCUGUAGAGUUGUUAUUUUUUGAGUGAUUGCUCUUAUCGAUUUCAGUUAGGUGUGUGUGCACAUUUCUUGGAAAGUUUUCCCCCUAGCAGCACCCAUGGAGUGGUGCCUUCAUAGUGCUCAAUAUAUGACCCUGCUGACCCGACACCACCUUAGUUCCUUCUUACCGCCAGUGACGAUCAUUGGAACUGCGGUGACUUGCUUAGCAAGCUCUCUUCGUUUUCCCAGUCUUUCAGAUUAGUUUAGUUCACAGUUAUUCCUAGCCUCGUUAAGUUUAGUUUUAGUGUUUUCGGUUACCGCAGAUAGCUGUUGGGAGUAGGGGUGUCUUCCCCUUCACCCGAACCGCAUUCCCUGUUGGGACUUGGGGUAUGCCUAAGUCCCAAGGGUUCAAACCCUACAAGUCCUGCAGUAAGCCCAUGCCAAUGGGUGACCCCCACAACGCCCGCUUAAAGUGUCUGGGGGAAGCACACCAAGUGGACAAGUGCAGGCUUUGUAAGGGAUUUUGCCCCAGAACAAAAAAGGAGCAAGAAUUUUGCCUCAAGCAGCUCCUUAUGGAGGUGGCACUUAGAUCGCAACCUACACUAGCACGGCAAGACCCGGCACUGAGCUCAUCAAUGCGCAGUGCCCCAGCGGCAGUGGCAGAAGCGGCACCGCAGAAGGACUCUGGGAGAGACCCACGGCACCGCCGUUACCCGGCACCGAAACCGUCGAGAUUGACCCAGCCCCAGUCCCAUUCUCCAAUGCAGAAGCAGCACCAGAAGCAAGAGAAGAGUGGAUCUCUGACUCAGAGACCAGCCCCUUUGGAGCUGGCCAAUGGGGCUCAUCCCAGAGAGGAGCACCCAGGGCGGAAGACUUUGGAGCCAGCACCAUCGACUUUGGCCCCGCAAGGGGGACCGUUGAGUCUGGUGCCGUUGGAGUCUCCAAGCCAGGUCAUUCAGGAGGUGGAACUGCCUCCCACCCUGAGCACCUUUUGAGGCCGCAAGGGACCUUAUCACCAUGACAGUGCCACAGUCCCUGGUCCUUUGAGCCAAGCCUCCGGUACAGUACCGCAACGUGAGGCACCGUCCUGAGGCAAACU